GUUGGUGGCAGAACCGAAGAUUGUAUAGGGAAAAAAAGAAGGGAAAAGAGGGGGGGAAAUAACGGCUCGUCGGCCCUCCACGCAAACGAAAUCCAGCAGACCGACGCGAACCGAGAAAAAUCCCACGAAAUCUCGUGGCCGCGGCGACCGGAAGAAGAGGACGACGACGGACGGAGCGGCGAUGGCGUGCCGCGCACUUGCCCUCCGCUCCCUGCUCCUCCCCGACCCGCUACACCGCCUCCCGGCCGCGGCGCCACCUGUUUGGAGAGCGUCCCGCGGUGGCCGCCGUCCGCACCUCCGCUGCUGCUCCGGCGGCGGGGGCGGGGAGCCCGGGCAGCCGCCGCAAGAAGCUGUGCUCGAGGCCAUAUCCAAGAUAGCAAGGUCUAAAGGAAGGGUUGCACUCACAACAAAUAUGGUCAUGGGUGGUACUGUGACUGACGAUGCAAGUGAUGAAUGGCUUGUUCUGGAUCAGAAGGUAAAUUCCUACCCCACAGAUAGAGGAUUUACAGCAAUUGGCACUGGAGGUGAUGAUUUUGUCCAGUCAAUGGUAGUUGCUGUUGAAUCUGUUCUUCAAGAAUCAAUUCCCAAGGGCCGGGUAUCUCAGAAAUUAUCUUCAAGAGGGAAAUAUGUUUCUGUAAACAUUGGGCCAAUUCGUGUUGUUUCUAGUGAGCAGGUCCAAGCUGUGUAUCGUGCCAUGAGAAGAGAUAACAGGAUGAAAUACUUCUUAUGAAGUGCAAUUUCAUGUCCUGGAUGUUCCCUAGUCCAUUCCAUGUUGUAUCCUACGAUGCAUUUUCGCCAUAUUUAUGCAGGCUGGACCUCCGGUGAAUUCCAAUGACUUUUAUGUGCCAUUCAAGCCCAAAUUGAAGCUUCUCUACUACAAAACAAUAUGUUGGGUCCAGCUACGUUAUUUAGUGCAGGGGGCGUAUAUAGCUACUAUGUAUUCCCUUUCUUCUAUAAUGAAUAAGAUUCAAAGGUUCACAGUUUGUCCUAAAAUAAAUAAUAUUUUACACAAAUAUGAAAGAUUGUCUCCUAAUAUGGAAGUUAAUCAUAGGUGCUUGCAAGCAAUAACUGUCAAAUCCAAGAGAUAUCCUCUACAAAAGGAAAGGAGAUAAGGAUACAGCUUCUUUUGCCAACGUUCCUAAUAUAUCUGAAAAUUUCUAGGAACUUGUUUAUUAUGGGACGGAUGGAGUAUGUUAAAGAUGUAUGUUAGUGUUUCAUAUUACAUGUGUUUUACUAUUUUAUAAACAGUAUGAAUAGUAGUAUAAGUGCUCCUAAAUUA